AGAGAGAGAGAGAGAGAGAAAGAAUUUUCAUCCCAAGAAUAAUCGUUCCUUUUCUCUCAAUCACGUUAAUGAUAAGUUUCACUUGAUAAGUUUCCCUUUGUACUCUAACUUGAAUCGGAUUAAUUUUUUUUUUUUUCUUAAUUGUCCUCAGAGAAGCGAGUACCUAAAUCCUUAUAUCAUCUUAGAAGUUGUUAAAAAAUUCUAAGUCUUCUUAUGACCUUAUCUCAGCACUUCUAUUCGAGUGAUUCUAUUUUAUAAUUGUCGUUCUCAUUUUUUUGAUAUGAUAAGGAUUUGAAUGGUGGUAGAUAAAGAGAAAAAAAAAUAGUAAAAUAAAAAAAAGAAAAAGAAAGAAAGAAAGAAAAAAGAUUAAGUUGAUUGACCGAUUGAUAAACGUACGUCAACCACCUUACGUCAGUUUUACGUAUAUCUAUAUAUAUAUGUGUAUAUAUAUAUAUAUAUAUACCGACAUACGUCUUUCUAACCUCGGCUAUAAAGUAUCGACGAGUGACGUCGAUUUAGAAGGUAGUGUCUCACAUAAGUGUCUUAUACGAGUCGAGAUGAAUCAUCCAAGAAAACAGGAGAUUGCUGUUGCUGCUGCUGUUGCCGCUGUUACCGCCGUCUUCGUCUUCGUCUUCGUCUUCGUCGUCGUCGUCUUCGACGUCGUCAUUGGCGAGAGCCCCCCGUUAUUUUCAGAGGGCCGAAUCACACCGGUUAGAAAUAAACGCGGACUCGGAGGCUAGUCGUUGCGCAAAGCCCGCGAACAUCGUACUUGACUUAGUUUCGCGUUUGAUGGCCCCUGGCUAUACGGUUGACCGCAGUCUCUCGUGAUUUUCCGAUACACCCCUUUUUUUCUUCAAUCGCGCUUACUUCGUUUCUUUCUUAAAUAUGAUCGCUCAAAGAAGGAUCGACUUCAAUCAACUGGCCAAGCCAGCAAAUUUACAAAACAGCGCUGUUCUACGUAUGCUCGAAGAGGAGGAAGCAAGACAACGAGGUGGUCAACCAAAUUUGAAACGUGUUGCUUGGCCACCACCUCCUGAAGAUCAAGAUCUUGACUUCGUUGAACAAGGACCUGUACAAGCGAAGACCCGUGGUAUCGGUGAGGUUCCCUCGUACCAGAGCAGUCCUUCAUCAGGUCCAUCACCCCAACCACCGUCAACGAUAGCUCGUUCAUCGACUCAGAGUGUCCUUCCAUCAUCUCCGUCGCCAUCGAUCAGUCCAAGUGGAACACUUCUACGACAACCAUCGCAUUUUCAACAACCAUUUGCACCUAAAGGUUGGGCACCUGUUACACCACCUGCUACUUCACCUAUUCUACAACAACAUCCUCUUCAAACUUGGCCCAAUCAACCACAACAACAACAACAACAACAACAACAACAACAACAGCAACAGCAACAGCAAGCUCAGACUACAUGGAAGCAGCAUUCUCAAGAGCAUAACGAGCGAACGAGACAACAGAAUCAACCGUAUCAAUCUUACGGUCCUGCAUCUUACGAAGCACCACCGUCUACUAUUGUUCUUAGACCGGAGCCUCCGAUCUCACAGGCACCAGCACCGGUGUACCAAGCACAACCUGCUGCAACGAAAGCUCCAAUCAGUGGUAACAUGAGAGGAGAUCUCAAAUGGCCACCACCUUCCGUAAAAGCACAAACGGAAGCUGAGAAUAGAGCCAGGAUGGAAUUAGCUAAAGGACCUGCAUUCAGGCCACGCCGAGUUAACAAGGAUUACAGCGGAUUUUUUGCUCAACAUGCUCUUAACAAUAGCUAUCCAGGUUACAGAGCUCCACCAGGAACUCAAUACUUUACUCCAUCUUAUCAACAUUAGCAGAGGCAUUCUAUAAUAUAUUCGCAUUAUAUUUUCGCCUUAAUAUUAUAUAGAUUUUUUUUAGGAUAUCUGCGCAAAUUCUGAUAAUGCCAAUCGACAAAUUACUUGAAAUGAAGUUUCACGUUUCUCAGGUUCUUUUUUUUUUUUCUUUUUUUCUUUUCAAAAUUAGAUUCAUCGAGAGAAAUGAUAUGACUGACUCUUUAUUGAUGAAUUAUUUUAUUUAACAUAAUUUUAAUAUAUUACUCAUCUCUUUUCGUAUAGGUCUUGGCAAGCUCGUUGUACAGAUUUCCUGUGUCGAGAAUAUAUAUAUAUACAUAUACAUAUAUAUAUAUAUGUAUGUAUAUGUAUAUAUAUAUAUGUAUGUAUGUAUCUAUUUACAGAGACUGACCGACCCGUAAAUUAUCAUAAUUUUACAUCAUUCUAUCUUUCUUUUUUCUUUCCUUUCUUUUUUUUUCUCUCUUUUUUUUUUCUUUAGUCGCAUAAACAUUUUGAUAAGAAAAAAAAAUUAUAAAACAAAUUUAUGCACAAGUAUGCUUUCCACGUUUCUUUUUCUUUCGUGUUGACACUUUUAGAGAUCAUGACAUAUACAUAUAUAUAUAUAUAUAUACAUAUAUAUAUAUAUAUAUAUAUACGUUUUUAAAUGAAAAAGUUCAUAGCAAAAUGAUAUGCGAAAAUUGAAUGCCUGAAUAAUGCUAGAAAUAAACAAAGAAUAUUUAUACGAUCAAACGAUAUCGAAUUAAUGUAUAGAAUAAUAUCAAUAGACGAACGAAAUAUUCGAAUGUUAUAUAAUUAAUUAUAUUAUGGAAUCGAAGAAAACACAUUAACGCACUAAAGCAUAAUUUGAUGUCGCAUAGUAGUUUUUUUUCUUUUUUUUUUUCUGUUUUUUUUCUUUUUUUUUUUUUUUUUUUUUUCUAUAAAACGUAUCUCCUUUUAUAAUAAAAUUUGGCACUAACGUGUCUAUGAAUAACUAACGAUACGUUUGUAAUUAUGUAAUUUAUUGUUGUGGAGAGAUAAAUAAAAUGAUCUUUACAAAUUUCACCCUUUUUUUUUUAA